AACCAGAGACUUGAAAGAAGGACAUGCAAUGUGAGUGGAGAAGGAAGCAAAGAGAAAAUGAUCCAUUUUGCAUUGCUGCAGCCCAGCAUGAGUUUCCUUUCUUUAAGUUCAAGCUCAUCCUCUACAAAUGAAAAACCAGUGGUAACCCUUUGGGGCUGUGAAUUGAAUGACACAAUCAGGAAAUGUGUAGUGGAAGUAGAUGAUGAUUUAUUGGAACACCUUGUGUACUUGAAAACGGUAUCUCUGGGUGAAGAUGCUGAUGACAAACUACAUGUGGUUGCUGUGGAGUCCAAAAACAUGGUCAGCAGCCUCAAGCCAGUAUCACUUGUGUCACUAAGACACUCUGUUCUGCCAAUGACCUGUCUUCAUGGCUUUGAAUUUAUGCCCCCUGUUACCUUUAUCCUGAAGUCUGGGACUGGGCCAGUCUACCUCCAUGGAGAACAUCUGAUCUUGGAAGAUGUUUCUGACUAUGAGCCGACAGAAGAAGACGUUCCACCAGAUGAAGGGGAAGAUGACACAGAUCAGGGCAGUCCUGAGGAGGAGGAGGAGCAAGAGCAGGAUCAGGGGGAGGAGGAGGAGGAGGAGGAGGAGAUGGACACCCAGGAGGCCAAUGAAGAAGAGGUGGAAGCAGAGACGGCCAAUGAGGAGACGGAGGCAGGCAAUGCAGAGUUGGAAGCGGAAGAAGCAACUAAACAACGAUGAUGUCUGGUUUCCAAUGAUGAUGUCUGGUUUCCAAUGAUGAUGUCUGGUUUCCUUGUCAUAGCAAGGAUCGUGUUGAGAAGAUCUGCCAAAGGAACGAUUUCAGAGCAUUCCAUAUGCUGCGAGUGGAUUAUAUUACGCAAGCUUGAUUAAAGAUUUGUUACCGAAAAUGUUGGUGCUCUCUUCUGGUCUGUCAUAUAUUCUAGAUUAUUACCAAGGUGGAGGAAGGGGGAGCAUGUCACAAAUAUAUUUCAAAAUGCAUACAUCUGGAUGUAACAUGGUGAUAUUAAUGACAAGCUCAGUACUUAUAAAAAUGG